GCUUAUGUCCCCGUUGGAAACUCCCGAAAGAUAUCAGACACGCUCAAUAUAUGAAGAUAUCUGGCAGGGUGUAAACCUGGUGGACCUGAGAAAAUGUCUUUCUUGAUUGAGAACAUCCUUAAGGCUGAACGAAGCCAAAAUGAUAGGGGUGGUUAUAAAAACGACCAUUUGACUCAAUCCGGGAGGAAUAUUGUAUAUCCAGUACCAUUGUAUUCCCAUGAUGGAGGUAGUUAUGGUUGCUUUGAUCAGUGGCAAACUUAUCAAUAUUAUUACGACUUGUAUCGUAGAAUGAAAGACCAAAAUUAUCAGAUCAUCAGAAGAGAAACUCAACAACAACCACUAUCAUUUUACUCAAACUUACACAUUUAUUCAAAAAAGAAAGGGGGCCAAGUAAGAUUCUCAAUGGAACAAACUGAUUUAUUAGAGAGACAGUUUAGCUCUCACAAAUAUCUCAGUCCACAAGACAGAAAAGGUCUGGCCAAAACUUUGAAAUUAACAGAUAGGCAGGUGAAGACUUGGUUCCAAAACAGAAGAGCGAAAUGGAGAAGAUCGCAGUCGACUGAAAAUAAUGACAAUUUAUCUCUGAAAUCUGAAGUAGAAAACCAAGUUAUUGGGAAUACUUACUCAUCCUAUACAAUGCUAUUACCAAAUAUUAGAAAUUAAAUUAAUAAUAAACAGGUUUCCGAAA